GUGAGUUCAUAAGUCUAUUAAACUGCAUACUCCAUUCUGAAGAUGUGAGUCAAUAAGUAAGGCGGUCAAUAUAAAAUACCCUGUGUGAACCAUAGACUGUUGCGAUCAUAUAUAUAUAUAGGGGAGUUCCCCUUGUGCGACGUUUCCGUGUUCACGAAGUGCUCAACAUUUCCUUGAAGAACCCACCUGUUUACCCGUUCAGUCAUGAUCGCUGGAUAAGAUAGCUGACAUUCAUGCCCGAAAGGACUUCAUUCAUGAGCGGAAACGGGACCGUACACGCAUCUCCAGACGCAUCUUCUAGGAGCAUUUGAAGCGCGUCUCGCCGGAUAGGGUCUGUAGUCUGUGGGGAAGACUCUUGAGGAACUGCGUCUGGCUAAACGCGUGGCUGCUGGUUACUCUGAAAACAUCAGGUUUAGCAGGUGCAUGGUGUGAACUUCUCGGGAGUGUCAUUCUCUUAAGAGCAGCAGUACCACUAUGAGUCAAUGGAAACAAAUCCAGCAACUGGAUAUUAAGUUCCUUGAACAGGUGGACUAUUUUUAUGAUGACAACUUUCCAAUGGAGCUGAGACAGGUGCUGGCCAACUGGAUUGAAAGCCAGGACUGGGAAACAGCUUCAAACCAUGAAUCUAUGGCUACUGUACUCUUCAAUAACUUCCUCAUUCAACUGGAGAGGCAGUGUUCUCAGGAGCAGAACUUUCUUCACAGACACAACCUAAAGAGAAUAUUUCAUCAGAUACAGGUAAAAUACAAGGCGAAUCCUCUGCACAUGGCCGCUGUCAUCUGUAACUGCCUGAGGGAAGAAAGACGCAUCUUAUCCACAGCCAGCAUGCAGGAACAGGGGCCACUGGAGAAAUCAAUGCAAAACUCAGCCGCCUUGGAGAAGCAGAAAGUUCUUGACAACAAAGUGGCAAUCAUAAGAAGCAGCGUUCAGAUGCUGGACCAAGAUGUGAAGUAUCUUGAGGACAUGCAGGACGAUUUUGACUUUCGCUACAAAACACUCCAACUUCGAGAUCCAGUUGAGAGAAAUUCUUUAUCCAUGAAGCAAGAAGUCACUACACUUCAGGAAAUACUGAACCGCCUGGAUUUCAAAAGAAAGGAGAUUUUGUCAAAGAUUGCAGAUGUUAUAAAGGAAAUUGAUGCCUUGAUUUCCUCCCAGCUCAACCCUGAGCUUAAGGAAUGGAAACGGAGGCAACAGAUCGCAUGCAUCGGAGGACCAGUUCUGAUAGGACUGGACCAGCUUCAGAACUGGUUUACCCUGACAGCCCAGAGUCUUUUCCAGAUGAAAAGACAGCUAGACAAACUGGGUGAGCUGAUCCUGAAAGUCACUUACGAGGGUGAUCCAAUCCCUCUCCAGAGACCUCAGAUGGAGGAGCAAGUCAAAUACCUCAUCUAUCACCUCAUUAAAAGCUCAUUUGUGGUGGAGAAGCAGCCCUGCAUGCCUACACACCCUCAGAAACCUCUAAUCAUCAAAACACAGGUGCAAGACCUUCCACCAGGCAAAGUGAACAGACAGUUCUUCAUCCUCACCAACAACACCAAAGUGAUGGAUGUUGAGGAGUCGACUGGAUGUCUUUCUGUAGAGUUCAGGCAUCUGCAGCUGAAAGAGAGAAAGUGUCCUACUGGAGGAAAAGGAAAUGAGGGUCCCCUGUCAGUAACAGAGGAGUUACACUCUCUCAAUUUUGAGGCCAUGCUGAUGUUACAGGGCCUGGAUAUAGAUCUUGAGAGUUGCUCCCUGCCACUGGUGGUCAUCUCAAAUGUCAGUCAGCUCCCAGGGGGCUGGGCCUCCGUCAUGUGGUACAACCUUUUAACUGAUGACCCCAAGAACCUUGGAUUCUUCAGUAACCCUUUGCGGGCAAGUUGGAGUCAACUCUCAGAGGUACUUAGCUGGCAGUUCUCAAGUUUUGCAGGCCGAGGACUCAACAAGGAGCAGCUUAACAUGCUGGGAAAUAAACUCCUGGGUCAACAUGCUUCUUAUAAUGACUGCCAGGUUUCUUGGUCCAAGUUCUGGAAGGAAAACAUUCCUGGCAAGUCAUUUAGUUUUUGGCUGUGGCUGGACUCGAUCCUGGACCUUAUUAAGAAACAUUUACUUCCUGUUUGGAUUGAUGGUUACAUAAUGGGAUUUGUGAGUAAAGAGAUGGAACGUGCCUUACUGAAGGAAAAAGAGCCAGGGACAUUCCUGCUACGCUUUAGUGAAAGUCACCUUGGAGGAAUCACCUUCACCUGGGUUGAGCAGGAUGAAAAUGGAGACCCAAAGUUCAUCUCUGUAGAGCCGUACACGAAAAACCGUCUCAACGCCUUGCCCAUUGCUGAUAUAAUACGGGACUAUAAGGUCAUUGCAGAUGGUGUUGUCCCAGAGAAUCCUCUGAAGUUCCUUUAUCCUGACAUCCCUAAGGAUGAGGCUUUUGGGAAACAUUAUAACAGCCAGCAGAACAAAGUUUGUCCUUACAUUCAGACACAGUUAGUUCCAAUUUCCCGUCGGAAGUGA